AUGUCCGACGAAGAGAAAUACGACGCACUUUUAAUGAACAUUGCUUCUCAGCAUACGGGUGGCAUUCAUGAAUUACUCGAUACAUUGUUCGGCUUUUUCGCACGUAAAACUGACUUAUACACAAGUCCGAACGUUAAUCAAAAGCCGGAAGAGUUGAUUUUACAAUCAUUUCGUAAAUGGGAGAAAGUUGCGCUCGAAAAGCAUAGAAAAGAUAAAGCUGAACGAGACGAAGCUGAUCGUGUACGACGCGAGAAGAUACGUCGCAAACGUGAAGAAGAAGAAAGUAUUAAGAACGAUCCAUCAUCACGAAUCGUCGAGGUUACUGAUGAAGAAGCUGAACGAAUUACACGAGAAAGUGCGCAAGCAAAAGCUCAAAAAUUGGAUUCUGAUGAACAGGCUAAGGCAGAGAAGAACAAUGUCGUCGAGUCAUCAGAUGACAAUGAACAAAAUAAAGAGGAGAAGAAAGAAGAUGAAGAUGAAAAUGAAGAAGAUAAAGGUAAAGAAAAACCCAACUCUGGUAAUGGAUGGACAGGUCCAAACUACUCCUGGACACAAACACUCGAAGAGAUUGAUUUGCGCGUUCCAAUUAACCUCAAUGUUCGUGUUAAAUCGAAAGAUGUCAUCGUCAAAUUCGAACGCAAGCAUUUAACCGUCGGUCUUCGUGGUCACCCACCAAUUAUUGAUGGUGAAACAUUUGCCGAAUUGAAAAAAGAAGACUCUGUUUGGACAUUGGAUGAUGGAAAACUACUGCAUAUUGUUAUCGAAAAAGUUAAUAAAAUGGAAUGGUGGAGUCGAAUUGUCAAGUCGGACCCGGAAAUUAACACGCGUAAAGUUCAACCUGAAAACUCGAAAUUAUCUGAUUUGGAUGGUGAAACACGUGGUAUGGUAGAGAAAAUGAUGUACGAUCAACAUCGACGUGAAGCUGGUUUACCUACUUCUGAUGAGCAAAAGAAACAAGAUAUGCUUCAAAAAUUUAUGAGCGCCCAUCCGGAAAUGGAUUUUAGUAAAUGCAAAUUCAAUUGA